AUGGUGGACGUGGCGCCGGGGCACAUCGCCCUGCUGCUCUAUCUCGUGUUAUGCUGGAACAUGGCAUGGGCAGCCAAAUCAUCUACACAGAAGGGAGUACAUACCCAGAUUCCCACGCAGAGCACGGCGUCGUUCGUGAGUGCAAGCACGGGCCUCGCGCCGCUGCCGACGGAUGUGCCGGUCGUGGUGGCGGAUCCAAAGCCGUACAAGCUCAAUGAUUCCAUGAUCGUACGCAGCGACCUCAACAUGAACGCAAGCGAUGGCCUUUUCUAUACCUUCAACACCACGGCCAAUACGCCGAUUUACAUCUCGCUCUCGGUGUGUUCUGGGCCGAGCAUUCCGGCGUACAAUACAAGCAACUCGACGCUGCUGAACCAUCUGGGACGCAAUGCAGCAGAGGCACGGCAGUCGACGUUGGUGUCGAUGUACGUGUCCGACAAGUGGAACGUACCGCGCCCAGGGCCCGACUCGGGUAUCUCGAGCUCCAUGACGGGCUUUGCCCAGGGCGGGUGGACGGAUGUCCAGCUAAAAAAGGGGUCCAAGGACGGCGUCUGGAUCGGCGUGUAUCCCCCCGCGGAUCCGCGGGGGAUCGACGGCACCUACCGCAUCCAGCUCUCGGCGUCGACCAAAGCGCAAAUGGAGAAUGUCGACAACCGGCCCAUGCUCUUUUACGACGACUCGGACGUGCACAGCGCGCUGCUUACUUCGUUUAAUUAUACCUCGCCAGCGCCCAACAUUAGUCUGAUUGUGCUGCCGACGGACGGAGAGUACUCGCUUUCCUCCAUCACCUACUUCAACUCGUCGUUCUGCGCGGUCUUUGACACUUGGAACAAGCUCCAGGAUAGUAUUAAUGCGCUCCAGAUCAACAGCAGCGAGACCAGCCGCAACACGAUCCAGGUCGUGACGCGGGGCGACGAGUACCGCCGCAAGAAGGGGAACAAGUCCAUGUCCUCGUCGCCCGAGCCGAGUCUCAACGACACGGCGGGCCUGCGGCCCCCGGGCUCGAAUGCCCGUCGCGGCGUCGCGGACCCGGUGCCGAUGUCGGACCUGCUUGCCCGCGGCGUCAAUGUGACGAAACGCGACAACGACGAUGGCGGCGACGACGCGGACAACGUGCCGGGGCCGCAGGUGCGCAAGCAGUUCCUGGUCAAGACGCUGGAUCCAGGGCGCAACUACACCGCGUACCUCGUCUCGUCGCAGAACUCGAGUGGGAUCUUGAGCCGCACGCUCUACCCUUCCGUCAAGUUUGUGACCAAGACGAACCGCAACUGCCGCCUGCUGUACAAUGUGCCGUUCUGCCCGGAGCUCGCGUACUCGAUCCCUUUUAACCCGGAAAACUCGAUCGAAGACGCGAUGAAGGUGCUCGGCGAGAUGAUCUCGGCCAACUACGGCAACUUUAGCGCGACGCUCGGCACGUUCCCAUGCGACUCGGACGAGUUUGGGAUGUACUCGAGUGUCACGACGUGCGCCGACUGCCUGCGUGCCUACCAGAGCUGGCUGUGUGCCGUGGCGAUCCCGCGGUGCACCGACAUGAUCGACCCGGCGGAAAGCGCCGCGAGCCAGGACGGGACGGACCUCGAGGGACUGCCGAUGCCGUCCAACACGCAACUCCAUCCGUACGUCGUGAACCGUAUCGGAAAGAACUCCUCGCGGCAGUCGUACAUUGACGAGCUGCUGAGUCCAGGGGACUACGGCGAGCUGCUGCCGUGCCUCUCGACGUGCGAGAUGGUGACGCGCUCGUGCCCGCCGCUGCUCAAGUGGAAGUGCCCCAAGUGGACCGUGACGGCGGAGCGCGACUAUGGCACGUUUGCCGACGCGGGCACCGACGGCCUCGGCGAGGAUCUCAACGGCGGCGCGGGGCCCGAGGGACUGCGGUACGGCGGCGCGCCGUCGCGGUACGUUGCCUACGAUGCGUUCGGCCACGUCUACUGCAACGCGAUGGACGUCGACCGCCUGCUGCGCCAGGCCAGCAGCGCGGCACGGCCCGCACCGGCCGGCGCACUGCUCGUCGCGGCGCUUGUCGCGUGGAGCAUGACUUGGUAG